AGCCGGAGGAGGAAGGAAAUUUUGACUAAAGACGAGAUGGAAACCCCCGUGCUCUUUGGCUCUUGGGAGCACAGAUGCCUCUCGUACAUCUGGACAGUGCCUAACCCAAUCCUGGUGCUCAGACCCACAGUACUCCAAUCUGUUCAUUAUAGGCUUGGUGCCUGCAUUUCCCAGCCAAGUGCAGAGCCCAACUGUGACAGGCUCUGACCACAGCUCAAAGCAACGUCUCUGUCCCAAAGAGUUUGCAAUCCAGUUUGCCAAGAAGCUGCUUUUACCUGCUUUUCUGAUGACAAGAGAGGCUGAGCAACCUGUUUAACGUCACACCAACACUCCGUGGCAGAGAGAGACAAUGAAUGACUGGGCCCCCAUAGCGAAGGAGUAUGACCCCCUCAAAGCCGGGAGCAUCGAUGGCACGGAUGAGGAGCCCCACGACCGUGCCAUAUGGAGGGCUAUGCUGGCACGCUACGUACCCAACAAGGGAGUCACAGGAGAUCCUCACCUCACCCUGUUCGUGGCAAGGCUCAAUCUUCAGACAACGGAAGAGAAGUUAAAGGAGGUCUUUUCCCGGUAUGGAGACAUUAGAAAGAUACGUCUGGUUCGAGACCUGGUCACGGGAUUUUCCAAGGGUUACGCGUUUAUUGAGUACAAAGAGGAGCGUGCUCUCUUGAAGGCCCACAGAGAUGCCAACAGGCUGGUUAUAGAUCAGCAUGAGAUCUUUGUGGACUUUGAACUGGAGAGAACUCUCAAGGGAUGGAUUCCUCGGAGGCUUGGAGGUGGUUUUGGGGGCAAAAAAGAAUCUGGGCAGCUACGGUUUGGAGGACGGGACAGACCUUUCCGAAAGCCCAUCAAUUUGCCAAACAUGAAGAAUGAUUUCUAUGGGGAAGGCUCAGCAGAGAAAAGAAACUGGUCUCGUGAAGGAACAAGGGACUGGAGAACAAGGGACCGAGACCAUGAAAGGAGCAGAGACAAGCGAUGGCCGGAAAGGGAGCGGUCGUGGGCUUGGGGUGAAAGUGAGAGAGAAAGGGACUCCAAAGAGGAGAGGAGCAGAGGGAGGGAGAGGAAGGACAGAGACAGGAAGGACAGGGAUAGAGACCGGAGCAGGGAAAGAGAUACCAAGAAACAAAGAGAGGAUGACAAGCAUCGGUAGGUGACGGUGCCUUGUCUGGGCUGUGGUGUCUGCUCUGACAUCCACAACGUUUCUGCUGCAGACGUGGCCUUCAGCUCGGGGCUGGGAGCAGGGUUCUGUGCUGUCUCGUGCCCCUGACUCGCCUGCUAGAAGCUCUCUGUAGUUCGGUUGCUAAUGCAGUUAAGGUACAUGUUGAAUUGUUCUUCAGAGAAAAUAAACUUUUGUAUUAAUA